GUGUAUUUAUACGUGUGACCGCAGAGGGAGCUCUGUCACAUUUCCAGACAGAAACUUUGCAAAGUAGGAGACUUUUGCAAGAACAGCGACCAGAGAGGAAAAGAGGAUAUAAGUUAUAAAGGUCAUGUCGUCGAUAAAAGUGCAGUGUGUUAUCAAAGAAAAGAACCGAAUCGGUGAGAGUCCAGUUUGGGAGGAGAAGGACUCUACUUUGUUGUACGUUGAUAUUGCGGGUAAAAGGGUCAGCCGGUGGAACUCGUUGACCAAUCAAAUAGACAGUAUUGCCACAGAGAACCUUGUAGGCUCUGUGGUUCCACGGCAGUCAGGUGGUUACGUCAUCGCGGAGGGAACACGGUUUGCAUUUGUUGACUGGGUAAAGCGUUCGAUUACAACUGCUGCCCCUGUCGAUAACCAGGAAAAACCAAACACCCGCUUCAAUGAUGGAAAAGUAGAUCCGGCUGGCAGGUUUUACGCAGGUACCAUGGGUUUGGCCAUGAAGCCUGAUGAGACGGAUGGUGCGAUAUACAGCCUCCUUCCUGACCACUCCGUCGUCAAGCAGUUGGACAAAGUGCACCUCUCCAAUGGUUUGGACUGGUCACUUGAUCACCGGACCUUCUACUUUGUUGACAGCCUGGCGUACACGUUGGAGGCCUUUGAUUAUGACAUCCAGACUGGAGGGCUAUCUAACCGCAGAUUGGUUUACAAGACAGAGAAAGAUGAAGGCUUACCAGACGGUAUGUGCAUAGACACAGAGGGCAAACUGUGGCUCGCCUGCUUUGAUGGAGGACGAGUGCUGCGUAUCGACCCACAAACAGGCAAACGGCUGCAAACAGUGAAAAUACCAGCUGAGAAAACCACUUCAUGCUGUUUUGGAGGGAAGGACUACAGUGAUCUUUAUGUCACCUCAGCGUGUGUCGACAUGGAUGCGGAUGCACUGGCCAAGCAACCUCAAGCUGGGUGCACAUUUAAGGUGACUGGUUUAGGAGUGAAGGGCAUCCCACCAUACUCAUAUGCUGGAUGAAAACCCAGGAAAGAGUGAUAAAAGUGUUGUGACCAUUUUGCAGUCAUGAUAUAACAGUGUUCCAAUUGUGCAGCCAGUGAUAACAUAUAAGAUACUAAAAUCUUAACUCAUUUCAGAUUUUCUUUAUUUUAGAUGAUUUCCCAGAAUAUUAGACAUCAGAAGAUGUAGUUUUAUGUGAAAUUGUAUGCAUUGUAAUCCUGUUACAAUAAUUACACGAAGAGCUGUGACUACAGAUGUUUUAGAAAAUUAUUUAAAAUAAUACAUUUUUGGAGAUUUUCAGGUCACUAUGUAAUUUAGGUCAUAUGUAAUGUAUAUUAACCACAACUGUGGUGUUUGUUUGGCUGUGCUGCUGAAGUAAGUGAGACAACCAUGAUUGUAAAAAUGAUGUAAUUAUGAUUGAUAUAAUAAACAUUAAUUCUCUUGCAGGUCAAAAUGA